UGAUUCUGAACAAGGGUGAGUGAACGAAGGACAGAAGGGGAAUUUGGGACGUAGGCUAAUUCAUCCGCGUUAAAGAAAGGUGUCCCAGCUCAGGCAAAAAAGCCAGAGAAAGAAAGAGGAGGUCGGGAGUUUAGGAGGAAAGAAAGGCAAGUCCGGUUAUAUUUAUUUAUUCUUGUUUGUAAAUUAUUCGUGGUGUUGAUUUUUUUGUACCAUUUCAGCAGGUUCACGUUGUGCGUUUACACAAGUUAAACAUUUUUUUCCAAGACGUUCUUCAAAGUUUUUUAGGCUUUGUUUUAAUUGAUGAUAAAAGUAACAGUCUACUAAGGAGGUGAGGACGAAAAAAAACCUGGUAGGGUAUAACGUCUUGUUCCUUUGCUUUUUUUGUUAUGAGUGAAAAGCGACUCUUCGAAGAUCGUUUAUAUCCGAGCAAUUAAAAAAACGAGAAGUUUGUAAAAUUGCAAUCUUCAAGACAUCUUUUGUUUGGUUUUGCUGCUUUUGCACGACGAAUGCCGUAAUCUGUACCCAUUUCGACUGGGGACGGAAGAAAAUAACCGGCAAAUAUUUUUGAUUUAUACGAAAUGAAUCAGAAGCUGUUUAUUUUAACCGAAGAAAGUGAUCUGCUUCUUCAUCGGAUUCAUCAUUCGCUUAACAGCCGGAGAUCACAAAAGAAGAAGCAGGAGCCGCAGCCGGUUACGGCAGGAACCGCUAUAUUCACUGAAUAUAAACACUAAAUGGAUAGAUCAGAGGACCUGAAUGGUCGUAAGAUAAACGCCGUUAUUGAUUACCGUCCAUAGCAAAACGCUGCGAUCGGUCCCGUUAUUUAUAACUUAUUAAUUCCCGUUUCACUGUUUUAUUUGUUUUUUUUUCGCAUUCGUUAAGACUAACUACUUGGUUUUAACUUGUGGAAACACGUUUUCAAUUAAAUGGAUUUGCUGUCUGUAACUUGUGGUAGUUGCCCCGUUAAACCAAUGAUGACCGCACGCCUGCUAUUCAGGCAUGACUGUCUCCUAAAAUAAUUCCCUGAACAUGCCGUAACUCCUAUUUAUUUUUAAAUGUAAUAUUUAUUUGGUGAUGCAAUAUAUACUGCCUAUACUCUUCAACUGCUGUAGAAGUACUUGAAUAUUUUAACUGCUUGUCUUAUUCUAUAUUUAUUUUUUCCUCCCUGUUGAUUUCAGUAGUGGCUAUCAGUAAUACUAGUAAUCGUUUUUAGUUUUUUUCGUUGUUAGUGGAUUUUUUUAAAGCAUUAAGUGUAAAAUGGACCGCUUUAGCAGUAAGCUGCUGGAGAAAUUAAAACGGAACGACACGGGUAGUGUUAAAUUUUCAAUUUCUAAAAAGAAAGGCGACUCGGGAAACGCAAAUAACAACAACAGUGCAAAUGUGCCUGUGGGCGCCGGCGUGCCGAUUCCUUCUGCUACGUGCCCUGGUCCCAGUCCCGGCCACGGUCUGGGCCAGCCUGCCCUACCCUCACCAGCAUCGGCCGAUUUGUGUGGGCAAGGAGCAAGAGGCGGUGGGCAAGGCCCUCAUAUCCAGCGAGUGUCUCCCACCACAGUCCUACCGGAGAGCACCUGGAACAGUGAGCAUCACCCUAACACCUCAGCGGCUACAAAGCUCCGGAGGCGACCACCUCAGCAGUCCAGCCAAAGGAAUGCGGUCGUCCCUGGUGAUGCCAGGGCGCCUGACGUGGGCCGGUGUAGCUUAAGGAACAGCUUUUCUGGGCUCAGUGAGCAGCUGAGGCGGGACCUGAUCCUUACAGAGGCAGACGCGGUGCCGUCGGCUCAGGGUAGCGGAGUCAUGCGACCCCUGGGCCAGCGCCGGUACUCUCUGGAGCUUCAGCAGCUCGUCCAGAGGCACCAGCUCCUCUCUCAGCCUCCGCCGCGGUCACCGCUGUCCUAUAAGGGUCCUGGCAGUGCCCUGCUUGGGUACGGCAUGGCUGAGCUGGGCUUCCCGCUGGAACAGGAUCGCUACAAGAGACUCUCCCUGCAGGAGACGUUUACCUGCAAGCGGCAUAGCACGGGUGGAGGAGAGCCGUGGGAGAGGCCCUCGUCCCUCUCACAAGCGGCAAACCGCGCUGCUGAGCAGGGUGCUGCCGGCUGCUUUCCGGGCCUCGCCCUCAGCCCCUGCUCCUCUGUCAGCUUGCAGGAGUCCCUGCUGGCCAGCCCCCGCUCCAGCUUCGCCAGCACCGCUAGCGGUGGGAGCCCCAUGGGCAGCCGAUGCAGCAGCAAUCGCACCAGCGGCAUCAGUCUGGGCUUCGACACACGCUGCAGCGCCAUGCAGUUCCCCUCACUGCCACCAGGGAGCACUGCGUUCGCAAGCCCAGGUCACAUGGCAGGGGCAAGGCCACAUGCUCCCUCUGUGUAUCUGGAUGGGGCAGCAGCAGGCGUGGCACAGGAUAGCCGGCAUUCGUAUCCCCCUGCAUCAGGAAGCGCUAACACAGAUCCAGGGGAGCAGCGGCCAGUGCAGGGGGUUUCCAGGGACCGACUGCGCUACUCUGACCUCUUGGGAACUCAGUACCAGGAGGAGCUUCUUUGUCUACUACGGAAAGAAGCUGGACUUCCCCGAGAGACCCAGGCAGAUGCUCAGCGCCUCUUGGAACUCCUGGAGGAGCUGACCCUCAAGGACCAGCUGCCACCUGCAGGUCCCCCCAAUCCCAGUGAAGAUCUGGGGCCUGGCAGGGAUGCAGCUGAAAGCCGACAGGAGUACUUUGGGACCUGUGUGAAGUGCGGUAAAGGUGUAUACGGGGCCGACAACGCUUGCCAGGCUCUGGACAGUCUCUACCACACCCGCUGCUUCACCUGCGUUUCUUGUGGUCGCACCCUUAGAAACAAGGACUUCUACAAUGUCAGCGGGUCUGUGUACUGCAAGGAGGAUUACAUGUUCUCAGGGUUCCAAGCGGCAGCAGAGAAGUGCAGUGUGUGUGGACACUUGAUCCUGGAGAAGAUCCUGCAGGCUCUGGGGAACUCGUACCACCCCAGCUGCUUCCGCUGCGUGGUGUGCACCAAGGCCCUCGAUGGCGUCCCUUUCACAGUGGACUACCUCAACAACGUCUACUGCGUCUCUGACUACAACAGCCUGUGUCCACCUGGUGGUGUAAAAUGGACCUGCAAUGCACUGUAUUCCAGAACUUUUGCUCCAAAGUGUGCUGCUUGCCUUCAGCCUAUUCUGCCUGCGGAGGGCAGUGAAGAAAUUCUUAGGGUGGUAUCCAUGCAGAAGGAUUACCACUUCGAGUGCUACCAUUGCGAGGACUGUGGGAAGCAGCUCUCUGAUCAGCCAGGCUCCCAAUGCUACCCCCUGGACUCUCACCUCCUCUGCCACUCGUGUCACAUGACGAGGGUGUGCACCGCGCACAACCUCCCUUUGCACAGCACACCGUGAGAGAUGUCUGAGGACGUGGGAUAUGCGCAGCUCUUAUGCCCCAGCAGCUCACCGGCACCUGCUAGUGCUGCACGAUGCUUAUAUUUCCCAUCAGUAUAGCUGCUGAGCCUGUUUGAAUACUCAUGAAGCGGCAACCCCAGCACACACAUCCAGCUCAGACAGAAACAGGCAUUUGCAGUUGGAUGGGGUACUCAGACAAAUGCCCCAAUGUGUCAGUCAAAACUAGAAAUCAGGCUGAAUUUAGACCUACAUGCUUCUACAAGAACCAUGUCACUGAUGGGGGACAUGCUGCUUUAAGGCAACAUUCUGUAAGGAGUCCUUAGGAUCAUUUUUGCCUGUGUCUGUCUAAAGCGAUAUGUGAUGCAGGUGUAAGUGCUGUGUUGAGUAUUUUACUACUGCUUCAGGUCUGCUACCUAUAGUUGUCACAAAGGGACUUUUGCUAAGUUUUUUGUUGUUAGCAGUUAUUUUGCACUUAAGUAAACUUUUUUUUUUUUUUUUUUUUUAAAUCUUAAACAUUCCUGUGUAUUAAA